CGGGUGUGCGCCUCAAGAUGGCUACUGGAGACAAUAGCGGUCGGGUUCCGUGUUUAAAUUUCUCCGGACCCGGGCCUUUGGGUAACAGCCAACCGAGCAACAGUCCUUACGCCUUGGCCGCGAGUCACGGAGGAUCGGUUGGAGGCGGCGGAGGCUCUCAGGGCGUAACGAGACGCUCAAAUCCUCAACCGGGGCCUGCGGGCUUGGAAAGCCCCGGUGUUGCCUCGGGACCUCCGCCGAACCUGAUGAACUCUCUCCCGGCUGCCGCGGCGGUGGCUCCUGCCGCCUCGAAUAUGACAGGAACCCCGUCUAACGCUGCGAUGACCCCGGCGACACACUCGUCUCCGGCCGCAGCCGCCGUGCUCGUGUACCGGGAGCCCGUUUAUAACUGGCAGGCGACGAAAAACACCGUGAAAGAGAGAUUUGCGUUUUUGUUCAAUAAUGAAGUACUGAGUGAUGUUCACUUUCUAGUGGGUAAAGGAAUGGGAGUCCAGCGGAUACCUGCGCACAGGUUUGUUCUGGCCGUUGGCAGUGCAGUAUUUGAUGCCAUGUUUAAUGGAGGCAUGGCCACCACAUCCACAGAGAUCGAGCUUCCUGAUGUAGAACCUGCUGCAUUCCUCGCAUUGCUCAAGUUCCUGUACUCUGAUGAGGUUCACAUCGGGCCUGAGACGGUGAUGACGACUCUCUACACCGCUAAGAAAUACGCCGUUCCGGCUCUGGAGGCCCAUUGUGUGGAGUUUCUGAAGAAGAACUUGCGCGCAGACAAUGCGUUCAUGCUGCUCACACAGGCGAGACUGUUCGAUGAGCCGCAGCUGGCCAGCCUGUGCCUGGAGAACAUCGACAAAAACACAGGAGACGCUCUGGCUGCUGAGGGAUUCACAGAUAUUGAUCUGGGUACUAGUUGUUUUCUGAUCCUGAAUCUCUUUCAGAUCAUUCACACCGACAGUAACACCGUUCUGGGCCAGAACGACACCGGCUUCAGCUGUGACGGAUCGGCCAGCACCUUCAGAGUCAUGUUCAAGGAACCGGUGGAAGUUCUGCCUAACGUCAAUUACACGGCCUGUGCUACAUUAAAGGGUCCAGACUCACACUACGGCACUAAAGGCAUGAGGAAGGUCACGCACGAGUCGUCCGGCUCCGGCACCAAAACCUGCUUCACCUUCUGCUACGCCGCGGGAAACAACAACGGCACAUCCGUCGAGGACGGCCAGAUCCCAGAGGUCAUCUUCUACACGUAGUCUCCGCUGGUUUCCAUCGGCACAUGAUAUUGCACUUGACCGUAACGCUGUAGAGAAUUCAGAGAACUAAGAGUAAAGCCGGACGAAUGAAACACUCGCCGCUGUUACAGGAUGAACGGACGGACGACUGUUUUCAGGGGUUUCUGUCAUUAAUAACCGAUAGUAAUGAUUGCGAUUAGACUUUGAGGGCUCAUAUUUACACUGACUGUUAACAGCAAGCGAAUUACUCACCCACGACUGACUGACAUGUACCAUGCAUAUCUUUAUUUUUGUGUAUCUGAUUUUGCAUCAGUCGAUCUAGGUUGCAAUUAAAACUCUUGCCAAACCUGCACCUCACUGUGUUUAAGAGCUUUACAUUUAAAGAAAUAGUUCACCCACGAAUUAACAAUAGCUGAACAAGAGUUUGUUACUUCAUCAGAUUUGGAGAAAUGUAGCAUUGCAUCAGUGUCUCAGCAAUGGAUGCUCUGCAGUGAAU